GACAAAGACUGUGAUGUGAAUGGUGUUCCUGUCAGUGUUGUAAGACAAUGUGUGAUUAGUUUCAGACUGUAUUGAAAAUGGCGGUGAAUCUGAGUAAACAUGGGUCAGAACUCUCUGACGUUUAUAAUGAAGUGGUGAGAGGAAACACUGGCACUGACUGGGCUUUAUACACAUAUGAAGGAAACAGCUAUGAUAUCCAGGUAGCAGCAAAAGGAGAUGGAGGUUUAGAUGAAAUGGUGCAGAAGCUCUGCACAGAUAAAGUGAUGUAUGCGUUUUGCAGAGUGACUGAUCCAAACUACAGGGUGCCAAAAUUUAUUCUCAUUAACUGGACUGGUGAAGGAGUGACGGGUGUGAUGAGAGGUGUGUGCGCUAAUCACUUCUGCACCAUGGCCAGUUUUUUACGGGUGAGUUUAUAAACAUGGAGAAGAGUU